AUGCCCGAGUAUCGCCACAUGCGGAGCGGCAGCCUCAGUAUCCCCAACGGCGCCCACGGAAACAGCCAUCACCACAGCAUGCCGCGCAGCCCGCCCAACACAUCGCACGUCCCGUGCAAGUUUUUCCGCCAGGGAGCCUGCCAGGCCGGCAAUGCCUGUCCCUUCAGCCAUGACCUUGGCACCGCUUCAGAGAACAUCUGCAAAUAUUUCGCAAAGGGUAACUGCAAGUUUGGCCCCAAAUGCGCAAACAUCCACGUCCUCCCCGACGGUCGCCGAAUCAACUACGGUAAGAAUGGCGUUACCAUCGGUGCAAAUCCCCUCAAUCUUGCCAAUCGUGCAGGCGGCGCCAGUCCCGUCUCACAGACCCCGGGCGCUGUCAGUGGUCCAUUCAACCAUUCUACCGCCAGUGCUUUGACCACGUCUCUGUAUCGUGCCGACCAGCCCGCAUAUCCUUAUCUCAGCGAUGAGAUGCAGCACCUCGGCCUGUCUAGCAGCCACCAUGACAGUGGCCUCCCGACCAUUGAUGCGCCGUACUCUGUCACCGACUCCAACUACGGCUCUCCACCAGAUGAUGAAUCCUCCCGCCUAGGAUUUGGUCUGUCGCCUGCUGCAAAGGGCUUAUCUGUCCUUGAUGCCCCAUUACCGGCCUCUUUCGACUCCAACGGCAUUUCUAAUGCCGCCCGCUUCCCUGCUGCGCCCUGGCCUUCGUCCGUGCCCUCAAAGUUUGGUCUCGAAUCGCCGUCCCCAUCGCUCAGCAGCAUCAAGGAUUCGCGCACGUCCGAGACGCUCAAGUUGCUCCACUCUUCUGCCUUUGGAUCAUCUGAACAUCUCAUUACCCCCACCGCCAGCAGCCCGCCAGACUCGCAUCAUCUUACUGGCGAAGAGUACUUUGGGAAGCGAAUCAUGCACUCCACCCGAUACCCCAAGCAACCACGGCUGCUCAGCGCUAGCAUGCCUAAGAACAUGGUUGACCGAGAUUGGGAGGCCGAGUUUGCGUUUGGCGACGACGACAAUGUACCAGAAAAUCUCGUACCCGGUGACCUGCAGGAUCUGUUGACCCCGGCGGAGAAGGCCCGGAGAGGUUCGAUGCGAGAUGAGCGGCCAGACUUUAGUCUCAGCAGUCUUGGCAAAUAUGGCAGCCCGAUUGGCUCCAGCCCGAGUCGAUGGGGACCCCUGUUCCAGCGUCAGAAGGAGGAGGAAGAGAUGACAAGAUCGGCCCGAAGCGCUGCCGGAUCGGCUUUCGGCCACGUUGGGAGCCCCCUACGGAAUUCGAUCCUUGCCAAGGAAAUGUCCGAUAACAAUGGUGUAAGCCGGCCAUCUGUUAUUCGGCCUGUUGGCGGAAGCGAGUCUAUGUCGGUUCUUUCGCAGCAACUACAACGGAGCCGACUUGAUGAUACGCUGAAUGGCUCAAGCCCGCUCUUGCACCCGACGGCCAGCCGUAACGCCGGCAAUGGCAUCUCGCCCAUCGGCAAAGACCGCGGCCUGGAGCGUCACGUUUCCAGUGCUAGUAUCGGCUCGUCUGGCAGAUUCACAACACCAAUUGACGAAGAGGACUCUGCAUUCGUAUUCAGCAUGGAAGAGGAAGAGGAUUCCUCGUCAUCAAAAGCUCGCAAGCGUGGCUCUUCUGGCUUGGCUCUAGGGAGCUUUACUUCCUACGCCAGUGCCGCUGCCAGCAAGGGAGCAACACCUAAUGGUCCGAAGGAGGGACGAGAUGCCGUAUCAGUCAAUGGGAGGUAA